AUGGAGUUAGCAUCUAUACAAGAAAAAUUAAAAGCCGAAGGAUGGAAUUUAUCGAACAACGGAAUAGAUUUAAUAAGUCAAAAUGGAAAAAUAACUGAUGUUAAAACACUUAUAAAAAAAGCAUUAGAUGUCGAUUUAAAAUCGAUUUCUGCGGGAGCCUUGCCGGAAGAUUUAAGCAAAACCAAAUAUGAAGAAUUACCGGGGAAAAUCAUAUUGCAAAUACAAAAAAUUAAAAAUUUAUCAAGUCCUAAAAGUUGUGAAUAUAAAUAUAAUCCAAGUACAAGCAUAUUGAAAUUAAAUCUCACUGAUGGAGUUCAAAACAUUCAAGCUAUUUUAAUGGAUUCAAUUGAUAAUAUUCACAUAAAUACUUUUCCCGGUAGUAAAAUAUACAUCACAUCCGAGACUAUUGCUCUGUCGCACGGUUUUUUGCUUUUAUACAGUUCUAAUGCUCAAUUUCUCGGUGGAAAAGUUGAUAAUUUAAUUGAAAAAUGGGAAUUGAACAAGAGGUUGGCUAAACAUACCAGAGAUAGAAUCGAAGAAGGCGGUCCACCACCUUGGAUCGGAUUCGGUCAGAAAAUAAUCAAAGCUAACGGAUCUGAUAAAAAUUUUAAAUCAUUAGAUUUAGCUAAAAACAGAGAUACGUUGGAAAAUAGCGAAUUUGAAGCUCAGAGAAAAGAUGCCAUUUUAGAAGCGACUAAAAUAGGUUGUACUAAAGUUUUUGGUGGUGGAAAUAAUAAAUUAUUGGAUUAUAAUGUACAGCAAAUUGUCGAUGCCGGAUUCACAAUCGAAGAUGCAGAAUAUGCUCUUAAGAUAAGCAAAAAUAAUUUGGAUAAAGCUUUAAGAAAUCUUCAGAAUAAAUAUAAUAAGUCUGUUAAAGAUGAUAAUUUGAAAUCGAACAGUAAAUCAGGAGGAGAAGAAAAAAAAGGGGGUAAAAAUCGAAAUAAGCAUAGAGAUGAUGAAUCAGGACCUUCUCUCAAGCCUAGUGGUAAAGUUUCUCUUUUUGAAUUUUUAGAGGACAAGUUACCAUUUACUGAACCCCCCGUGGAAAUGAAGCCACCAGAAAAAAGAAAUGGUAAUGUUUCGAAACAAAUAAAGACGAAUUCGAAGGGUAAUACGGAUCGGGUUCGUUUUUCUUACGACGACAAGAGAAAUUCAGAUAAAUCAGAUGUUAAAAGUCACAAGAAAAAUUUCGAUUCGUCAAAACCGUUCAGUAAAUACGAUUACAACAAUGACAAACGUGGAAAUUAUUCGGAUAAAAAAUCAGAUUUUGGAAAAUUUGAAAUAAAUAAAAAAAAUUCAGAUGGAGGACUAAUGAAUUCGAGGAGCGAUAAGAGUUUUGGUAAUUUCAAAGCGAAACACGAAUUAAAAAAUGGCGAAUAUUCUACGAGAAACGAUUUGUUCAAAAAUAAAAUAUCCGAUAAAAGAAAUCAAAACAAUUCAAAUCCGAGUGCAAUAAAGACUCAUGGAAAAUCCAUGGACGUGCCGGAGAGUAAAAAAUCGUCGAAUUUUAAUCAGAUAAAUGAAAAGCCUCCGAGAUUUCAAAAAUAUCAACAACAUCAACAAAAUGAUAAUAAUCAUUUGAUUCAAAAUUGGAACGAACAUAAUUUUAAUAGAAUCUCACAAUGCAAUGAUUAUCAAUUGCAAAACAGUCUUGCGAAUUUAACUCUUCAGCAAAAUAUUGCCAAUUUUCAAAAUCAAAAUUCUCAGGAUGGAUUUGGUGAGGGUUUGACCGGUGGAGUUCCAUCGAACGGUACAAAACCAAAUAAUUUGUUUUACCAAAAUUUAAUUAUUCCAUCGAGUCAAUCGAACGAUAAUAGGUUUAGUGGAUCACAAAACACUCAACCACCUCCCCAACAGUCCCAACACAUAAGUGCUUUUGGGAAUCGAAACGUUGGCGGUUAUUUGCAACAACAAGAUAUGAAAAGUUCAGCUUUUUCAAAUAUUUCUAGUUUGCAAGAUAUACAGUUUAAAAACAGCGGCUCGUUACUUCACGGUUACAAUGAUUUUCAAUCAGUUUUUGGUAACGCUCGAGCUCCUUCGACAAGUUACAUAAACCAUCCAUAUCUUACUGGACCAAAUGGUAUCACACCUCAGUCGCAUAAGAAGUGGAUGUGGACCAAAGGUGAUAAAUGCAUGGCUAGAUAUUGGGAGGACCAAAUGUACUACAAUGCAGUCGUCACAGCCGUUUCUGAUAAUACGUGCGUAGUGAGGUUUACAGAUUAUGGAAACUACGAAGAAGUUUUACAGGAUCAUUGUAUUCCAAUAACCGAGAGUAAAAAGUCGAAUGCGAGAAUCAUAGGAGCUGAUUUCUUGUUUCAGAUUUUUAUAUUUUUUUCUGAAACAAGUCGACACACACUUACCAUUCAUGUUAGCUUACAACAGUAA